AUGACUGCAGUUAAGCGCGCCCUGGAUGAGCGAUGGCUAGAGCUCUGUCCAGAGAAGGAUCUUUGUGAUAAUAUGGAACGCCUUCAUGACCCAUAUCCCUUGUUCGCCGAUGAGGUGAAAGAAGACGAGCUUUUUCUUUUCCCUAUCAGCAAGGACGCCGUACUGAGGGCAAUUUGCAGUGGUGGGUGCACACCUUGUGAGGAUACUGCCCGAAGAAAUCUGGACGCUCGAUUGGCCGUGACCAUUAUCAGUCCUGUGCAACCUGACCUGACGUAA